AUGUCUUCGGUGAGUGGCGAUGUCGAUGAAAUCAUCGAAACGGAAGUGUGCAAUCGCUUAAUUCGUCUUUCAUGCGCCAAAAUGGUCAAUUCGAAAAGUGAACGAGGCGGUGCCAAGCUCCAUAGGAAUCUCUUAAUCUUGCAUUUGUUGAGAAAGGCACGCGACGAACAAAAGAGAUCGCCUUUAUACAGCGAAAAUAUGGAAAUGUUUAGCGAAUCGGCGCUACCAACAAGCGAAUUAUUUGGUGUUCCCGCAUCAAACAAUACACCAGCUAUAGCAACACAUGCAGACAGCAGUUAUGUAGACGUUAGCAUGGAUGACAGCGAAGACGAUGAAUUGGAUGAGGAUGAGGGCCAGGCCACUCAUCUUUUGGAUCUAUCAAGAAGCAGUGAGCCGAUACAUUCAAGUAGCUCGGAUGGCAACAGUCUUAUGAACCAGGAACGAACCGAAUUUGAUUAUUCAUCGCUUCGUCUUGCUCCACUGCAGUAUACAUUCGAAGGCCCCGAAAUGUACGCUAUGGAGGAGCCCGCUGCAGCGCGUCAAAAUUCAUACGCCGAACUGACGCCUCUUCCUGACUUAUUUUUCCCGGAACGGACAAACACAUUGCAGACUGUAGAAGAGGAGAAAGCAAAGCAGAACUGUGGCGAAAGCGUUGUAUCCCAUGAUUUGACCUGCGAUUCCAGAUAUAAUUGCUGUUGCCAAACAAAACAGGGUGAUGCCACCGCAGUUCCCUCGGAAUCUGCAUCAUCAGACGACGAAGAAGCCAGCUCAUCGUGCAGCAGUGAUGAGGAGGACUACGGUGGCUAUUCCGGCAGCGAGGAUAUUUCCGAGAAGAGACUGCACUCCCUUGCCAGUAGUCAUCGUCGUCGGCGAAAGCGGAAAACAUCAGCUCAGCGGCUUCCAUCACCGUGUGGUGCUAAGAAGUGUUGCCUGGGAGAGCGUCAAUUGACGGGUUUCAUAUCGGUGUUCAAUUCGGGUCUCAGUGUUGUUGCCGAUCAGCUGCUAACACGACCAAGUCCGUCCCCUGUUCCCACUCUUCAGCCGGCUCCGAAGCAUCCAUUUAUGCACAUUGCUUGUAAUCCGCUGAUCUGUUAG